AGCUUGCUAUGGCAUUGUUCAAGUACCCACUGGACCAUGGUUUUGCAGGAAGUGCGAAUCUCAAGAGAGAGCAGCCAGAGUGACUACUACAUGAGGCUGGAACCAUGACUGCUGGCAGCUUUUGGCUUUCAUCUUCCCUGCCCCUUCUACCAGGAGAAGGGGCUCUCUGGAAGAAUCCUGAGAAGGACUCAGAUUGACCUGUCCUGGAUCAUGUUCCCACCACGCUCUGGCUGGAGUGGGGAGGGUACUAUGCUGGCAGACCUCACUAGACCUCAUAGUUGGAGUCAGGGAGAUGUGAACUGUGUCCCCAUAAGGAUGGAGCUUUAAAAAGAACAGACAAUGGGGGUUGGGCUCAUGUGGUUUGUGCCCUAUAUAUUCCAGAGGUACAAUUUGCCAAUGUUUCUACAAUGGAACCUAUCGUUUUACAGUCUGUUCCACAUGAUCGUUAUAAUAAGACUUGCUACAUUUGUGAUGAACAAGGAAGAGAAAGUAAAGCAGCCACUGGUGCUUGCAUGACAUGUAAUAAACAUGGAUGUCGACAGGCUUUCCAUGUAACAUGUGCUCAAUUUGCUGGAUUACUUUGUGAAGAAGAAGGUAAUGGUGCAGAUAACGUCCAAUAUUGUGGCUACUGUAAAUACCAUUUUAGUAAGCUGAAAAAGAGCAAACGGGGAUCUAAUAGGUCAUAUGAUCAAAGUUUAAGUGAUUCUUCUUCUCACUCUCAGGAUAAACAUCAUGAGAAAGAGAAAAAAAAAUACAAAGAGAAGGACAAACACAAACAAAAGCAUAAGAAACAACCAGAACCAUCACCCGCUUUGGUUCCAUCACUGACCGUUACAACAGAAAAAACUUACACAAGCACUAGCAACAGCUCUAUAUCUGGAUCACUGAAACGCUUGGAAGAUACUACAGCAAGAUUUACAAAUGCAAAUUUCCAGGAAGUCUCUGCACAUACAUCUGGUGGAAAAGAUGUUUCUGAAUCUAGAGGGUCAGAGAGCAAGGGGAAGAAAUCUUCAGCUCACAGCUCAGGUCAGAGGGGAAGGAAGCCUGGUGGUGGAAGAAAUGCCGGAGUGACUGUGUCAGCAGGUAGUCCCUUUCCGCAAGGUGGUUUUUCAGGAACUCCAGGCAGUGUAAAAUCAUCAUCUGGAAGUUCAGUGCAAUCUCCCCAGGAUUUCCUGAGCUUUACAGACUCAGAGCUGCGCAGUGAUAGUUACACUCACUCCCAGCCAUCGUCAUCAACCAAAGAUGUACAUAAAGGAGAAUCUGGAAGCCAGGAAGGGGGGGUAAAUAGUUUUAGUUCCUUAAUUGGUCACCCUGCAACCUCAGCUGUUAUUUCACAGCCUAAAAGCUUUGAAAGUUCACCUGGAGAUUUGAGUAGUUCCAGCCUUUCUACAACAGGAUUUAAACGGGCUCAGACUUCAGGCAUAGAAGAAGAAACUGUAAAGGAAAAGAAAAGAAAAGGAAGUAAACAAAGUAAGCAUGGGCCUGGUAGACCCAAAGGAAACAAAAGUCAAGAGAAUGUUUCUCAUCUCUCAGUUUCGUCUGCUUCACCAACGUCAUCAGUAGCAUCAGCGGCAGGAAGUGUUGCAAGCUCCAGUCUUCAGAAAUCUCCCACGUUGCUCAGGAAUGGAAGUUUACAGAGUCUUAGUGUUGGCUCCUCUCCAGUUGGUUCAGAAAUUUCCAUGCAGUAUCGGCAUGAUGGAGCUUGCCCAACAACUACUUUCUCAGAGUUGCUGAAUGCAAUACACAAUGGUAUUUAUAAUAGCAGUGAUGCAGCAGCCUCGUUUCCCAAUGCAGUAUCUGGUUCAGGAUCCAGUACUCCUGUCUCCAGCUCACAUUUACCUCCACAGCCUUCAGGGCAUUUGCAGCAGGUGGGAGCUCUCUCCCCCUCAGCUGCGUCAGCUGUAACCCCUGCUGUGGCUUCAACUCAGGCAAAUGCCCUGCCUGGCUGUUCUCUUAGCCAGGCACCGUCUCAUAUGUAUGGCAGCAGAUCAAACCCAAAUCCAGCAGUGGCAGCUCUCAUAGCUCAGUCUGAAAGCAGUCAAACAGAUCAGGACCUGGGGGACAACAGCCGCAGCCUGGUCGGCAGAGGAAGCUCACCCCGUGGAAGCCUGUCCCCAAGGUCCCCUGUAAGCAGCUUGCAGAUUCGCUAUGAUCAGCCGGGCAGCAGCAGUUUGGACAAUCUGCCUCCAGUAGCGGCCAGCAUAGAGCAGCUGUUGGAGAGGCAGUGGAGUGAAGGACAGCAGUUUUUGUUAGAACAGGGUACACCGAGUGACAUUUUAGGAAUGCUGAAGUCAUUACACCAACUUCAAGUAGAAAAUCGAAGAUUAGAGGAACAAAUUAAAAAUUUGACUGCCAAAAAGGAGCGUCUUCAGUUACUGAAUGCACAGCUUUCAGUGCCUUUCCCAGCCAUAACCACGGCCCUCAGUCCGUCUCAUCAGCUGCAUCCAUUUUCAGCACAGACUGCUCCAACUACUGAUACUUUGAACAGCAGUAAGAGCCCUCAUAUAGCAAACAGCUUUUUACCUGACAGUUCUCUUCCUGUGUUAAACCAGCAGGACUUAACCUCCAGUGGCCAGAGCACCAGCAGCUCGUCUGCCCUCUCCACCCCACCGCCUGCUGGCCAGAGUCCGGCGCAGCAGGGCCCCGGAGUCCCAGGGGUCCAGCAGGUCAACGGCGUGACCGUGGGGGCGCUGGCUGGUGGCAUGCAGCCCGUGGCCGCCUCCAUCCCUGCUGCCACUGCGGUGGGGGGCAUAAUUGGAGCUUUGCCAGGUAACCAGCUGGCAAUUAACGGCAUUGUAGGAGCUUUAAACGGGGUGAUGCAGACCCCUGUCACCCUGUCCCAGAACCCUGCCCCCCUCACCCACACAACUGUACCACCUAACGCAACACAUCCAAUGCCAGCCACGCUGACGAACAGUGCCUCAGGACUAGGAUUACUUUCUGACCAGCACAGACAAAUACUUAUUCAUCAGCAACAGUUUCAGCAGUUGUUAAAUUCUCAACAGCUCACACCAGGGAGAGAGAAGAGAAGGCGCGCUCGAGGUAGAGGCAGCAGCAGUUGUAAAAGACCUGGGCAUGUGUUGUGUUGUGGAAGACUAGAAGGAAGGCAGAUGACCACAGAGCGCGAGGAGCAGCACCAGGCCUUCCUGUUCCAGCUUAUGCACCAGCAGCACCACCCGCCUGAGCUGCAGCCGCUGCAGCUGCCGGGCCCCACGCAGCUCCCCAUCAACAGCCUGCUUGCAGGAGCCCCUGCACCCCCUCUGCACACGGCUACUGCUAACCCCUUCCUCACCAUCCAUGGGGAUGGUACUGGCGCGAAGGUCACAAGAAUUAGUGAUAAAACUGGGCCUGUAGCUCAGGAGAAAAGUUGACCCUUGAAAAACACCCGAGAUGGCCUCUGCUGUGGUCGGCCCUGCGUGGCUGCCGCUGCAGUCACCGAGGACAACUGUGACCCAGCGACAAAGGCCACAGGACAGAGGACAAGCAAGGGCACUCUUGUAAGAUGCCCACUGAUUUUCUUGUUGCUUUGUUGCACUGAAAUGGAAAUCCUGUACCCCCUGCCCCACCCAAAGGUUUUGAACUUUGAAAGAAAAUGUAAUAGCUUACUUUUGUCAAUGAAAUAACUUAACAUGCAAUUAGUUUAUGAACCCAAGAAAAACUGAAUAUAGUUGGUCACAACUAGUUGUUACAAAUGGAGAUGCAAAUAGCAAAACCAUAAAGACUUGUUCUACUUACAGACUACUUGGUUUUACUGUACAAGUUAGAGUAUAAAAUACCAUCACUUCUUGGGGUUACAGUUACUGCUCUGUGAGUCAGUUCUGAAAUGUCAAGGCACUCGGCUUCCGCCUCUAGAGUUCUAGUCAUUAAACACAGUCAGCUGUAUCAUGCCGUCCACCUGGACUCUGCAAAACCUUGUUGGAAAUUCUUCCUUUUUGAUGAAACUUGGCCAGUUUGGGUAAUUGGACUAGGAUGUAACAUGUGGUUUUGCUAAAGAUCCUUUUCUUUUGCUAAGUGCUUCUUUAAUGUCAAGACCUGCUCGUGUAGGGACACUUUGAGUUAAACAAGUUCUGA